AUGGGUUCCUCUCUCCUAAGAAGUAUGAGAGAGAAAGAGCAUUGGGAACUCCCCGUCCAAGCUGUUGCUGAUUCAUGCCGCACUGGUGCUGCCACCAAUGUCAUCUUUGGCCUUGCCUUGGGUUACAAAUCCGUCAUCAUUCCCAGUUUUGACAUUAGAAUCAGUAUGUUUGUUAGCUUCAGCUUUGCUGCAAUGUACGGCAUUAUAGUUGCUGCCCUUGGAAUGCUGAGCACUAUAGCCACUGGUUUGGUAAUUAAUGCAUAUGGUCCCAUUAGUGAUAAUGCAGGAGGUAUUGCUGAGAUGGCUGGAAUGAGCCACAGAAUCAGAGAGAGAACUGAUGCACUUGAUGCUGCAGGAAACACCACUGCUGCUAUUGGAAAGGGAUUUGCUAUUGGUUCUGCCGCACUUGUGUCUCUGGCCCUCUUUGGGCCGUUUGUCAGCCGCGCAGCAAUUUCCACUGUAGAUGUCUUGACACCUAAAGUCUUUAUUGGUUUGCUAGUCGGUGCAAUGCUUCCUUAUUGGUUCUCCGCCAUGACAAUGAAGAGUGUUGGAGGCGCUGCUCUUAAGAUGGUUGAGGACGUGCACAGGCAAUUCAACACCAUCUCUGGUCUCAUGGAAGGAACUGCCAAGCCUGACUAUGCCACCUGUGUCAAGAUCUCCACAGAUGCAUCAAUCAAGGAGAUGAUUCCACCUGGUGCUCUUGUCAUGCUCACUCCAUUGAUUGUUGGGAUCUUGUUUGGCAUCGAAACACUUUCUGGUGUUCUUGGAGUAUCUCUCAUCUCUGGUGUACAGAUUGCCAUUUCUGCAUCCAAUGCCAGUGGUGCCUGGGACAACGCUAAGAAGUAA